AUGGAAGCAGCAUUGAUGUUUGUUCAUUGCUUGACUCUAUAUUGUCAUCUGAUAGGAGAAAUUUGGCAUUAUGUGCCAUCUCCUGACAGAGUCAUUGCUGCUCAAUAUGGCGAGCCUAUGGUGGCCUCUGAUGAUAAGCCUGCACAAGAUUCUCAGCAACUUCAGAAAACCAAGUGGGACAAAUUGGAAGCAUUCAGCAUUAGUAUAUCAGAUUUUACUCUCGCACUUCUCGCUAGAGAUGAAUUUGGGAGAUUCCAGGAACUUCUAUUUGAAACUAAUGUCAAUUUGAGUGCUGAAGGGCCAAAAACACUAAAUAAAGUUUCUUUUGAGAUUUCCAAGUUUUCCAUCCUUUCUCAGUUCCUUCAUGAAGCUGCAGAACACCAAGCUACGGAAAUUCAAGUUCCUCAUUUUUCUGCUGUUGCAUGUGAUGAUAUUUCAUCAUCCAUUAUGCUUGGAGAUCCUUCAGUUAUCGAAGAGCAUGAGAAUACAGGACAAUCUGUCACUCAUGAUUCAAGUUUCAUGAGUACUUCUGCUUUUCAACAUGAACCUUAUGCUGAUACUUUGCCAGAUUUAUGUGAUAAUACAGGAUCCAAAAAUUUGCAUUCAAGUCCUCAAAGCUACAUACUGAAAGAGUUAUGUGCAGUCAUUGCAGUUGAGUGGCCUGUCAAAAGAGAUGGGACUGGUCCGCUGGACAUAAAUCAGCUUUGGGUUGGCAAGGGUUCUAUUUCAGGUUUUGAUAUGGUCCUCUCUCUAAGUCAGUUACGGAUGAUACUCUCUGUUGUUGAAUCUUUGUCUGGAGUUUAUAGUGAAGAGAAAAGUAGUAAUUCGACACAAAAACGUUGGUCCCUGAAACAAGAAUCUGAAGGAAGUUUCCGAGAAAAAAUUCCUGAUGGAUCAAUAGUCGCAAUUGAGGAUGUCUAUCAACACACAUUUAUUGCGGUUGAGGAUGCAGAAAGUGGAUACAACUUAGUUGGAACAAUUCAUUAUUCGCUUGUGGGAGAGAGGGCUCUUUUCAGGCCACCUCUGAUAUGGUAUAUUAUGGAUUUUGAUAUUCAAUUGACUUCAACCAUACUAAAAGCUUGUAUGGAGAAUGGAAACGGACAUGCUAAUGGUAGUGGAGCGUCUAAUGGACAUGUAGAGCCGCUUAGAUCCAUUUCAUAUAGACCACGAGGCGGAGGAGACCGCGUGAGAUAUACUCCAACUGAUAGGCAUCCUCGAUGCCAGUGUAGGGCUAUAUACGUGUAUCCUAACGAUUUGGUGUUGUCCUUAGACGAUGAGCGUCGCCAUUUGUGGGACGCUAACCACACCCUGACCCAGGAUGUAGAGGAGCUGAGUAUCAUGGUAGAUACUCAGUUUGACCGUAUAGCUGAGUUAGAGCAGAGGUUAGCAGCUGAGCAUGCUAGGCUGGAGGCUGCUCGCGUGGAGAUAGAGCGACCGAGGUCUAGGGUGACUCGAUCCGGUAUCAGGGCUGAUGCUGCGAUGAUGAUGGAUGAGGUCACGAGUAUCCUUCAGGGUAUCGAGCAGGCGGGUGUUGAAGAGGACCCGGAGGAGGACCCGGAGGAGGAUCCGGAGGAGGAUGUUGCCCCUAGUAGCGCUGUUGAGGGUUAG